UCCUCGUGGUCGGGCCGGCUCGUCUGGUUGGCGGGUCUUUGGGGAGGGGGUCUCUUCCUGAUCCGCCCGAGAUGCCUGUGCCUCGGUGCUCAGGUCCCUGUGGCGGGGUCCGGCGGGCUGCCCUGCGGAGGCCGCGCACGGGCGGGGCAGUGUGCAGGUCCUGCUUCUGCAGCGCCUUCGAGGCAGAGGUGCUGGGCACGCUGCAGGCAGGGCGCCUGCUGCCCCCCGGGGCCGUGGUGGCCGUGGGCGCAUCGGGCGGCAAAGACUCCACGGUGCUGGCCCAUGUGCUGCAGACCUUGGACGCCCGCCACGGGCUGGGCCUGGACCUGCGCCUCGUGGCUGUGGACGAGGGCAUCGGGGGCUACCGCGAUGCGGCGCUGGCGGCCGUCCAACGGCAGGCAGCCCGCUGGCAGCUGCCCCUCACUGUGGUGGCCUACGCGGAACUCUUCGGGGGCUGGACCAUGGACGAGGUGGCCCGACGGGCGGCCCAGGAACCGGGCCGUGCCCGGGCCUGCUGCACCUUCUGCGGAGUCCUGCGGAGGAGGGCGUUGGAGGAAGGGGCGCAGCGAGUAGGGGCCACGCACAUUGUCACAGGACACAAUGCGGACGACAUGGCAGAAACGGUGCUCAUGAACUUCCUCCGCGGGGACGCAGGCAGGCUGGCUCGAGGAGGCACCCUGGGGUCCCCUGGUGAGGGGGGUGCCCUGCCCCGCUGCCGCCCCCUCCAAUUUGCAUCCCAGAAGGAGAUCGUUCUAUACGCCCAUUUCCAGGAACUGGACUACUUCUCCGAAGAGUGUGUCUAUGCCCCCGAGGCCUUCCGGGGCCACGUCCGGGACUUGCUGAAGGCCCUUGAGGCUGCCCGGCCCUCGGUGGUCCUGGAUCUGGUGCACUCGGCGGAGCGUCUGGCCCUGGCCCCUGCCGCCCGGCCCCCACCCCCUGGUGCUUGCACGCGCUGUGGGGCCCUGGCCAGCCGUUCCUUGUGCCAAGCCUGUGCCUUAUUGGAUGGGCUCAACCGAGGACGGCCUCGUCUGGCCAUCGGCAAGGGCCGAAAAGGGCUGGGGGAGGAAGGCGAGGGAGAGAGCUGUGCUUCCAGGGACAGGGGACGAGCCACCCUGUCUGGGGCCAUUCAGGCCUUCUAGAUCCUCAAAAAGAGAAAUUCUGGGUUCUAGAUUUCUUGAGCUCCAAUGGGUUCUCGCAUUCCUCGUGAGUUUCGGUUCUCUGCAUUGAAAGUCUAGGACCCUCUUGUGGUUCUGGGCUCUUCAGUAGGUCUUGGGCCUUCUCUAGGCCCCUCAGCUAGGCCCAGAGUUCCUCAAGACAUCCCGGAUCUUUCAGAAGAUUAUGUCUUGGGCAGCUAUGUAGCCCAGUGGAUAGAACACCAGGUCUGGAGCUGGGAGGUUUCUUAGCUGUAUGACCCUGGGCAAGUCACUUAACUCCCAUUGCCUCGCCCUUACCACUCCCCUAUCUUGGAAUCUAUAUGAGAUGUC